AUGAGUAAUUCCUUGGAGGAGAGGUUGAAGACCAGUUCCACAGCCUUCGAUGGCUUACUGUCCUUGAUACCUGCGAAAUACUAUUUUGACGAAGCCACGCAGGAUCAGUGGAAGCAGAAAAAGAAGGACAAAGAUGAGAUUAAGAGUAUCAAGAAGACCAAGUUUGACCCCGAGGCUGCCGGUUCCAGUGCCAAAGAUGUGUUGAAGAGCAGAGAAAAGACCGCACAACCGGUUGUAAUUCCAGGGUCCAAGAAGGCGGCUUUUGCGAAGCAAGCUGAGUAUUCAGACGAAGAGGAAGCUGAAGAUGGAGAAGAAGAUGUGGAUGUGGACAUGGAUGCAGAAUCAGAAUCCGGCGAGGAGUCUCACUCAGAUGAUUCAAAGGACAAAUCUACCCCGGAGUCUGAUGAGGAGCAUCUGGACAUCGUCUUUGAUGAUGACGGAAAUGCCUUGAUGGAGACGUCGCUUAUCGAAGAACCCACUCCAAUAGUAACCUUGGCAGCAACGCCAACGCCAACGCCAACACCUGCUCCAACCUCCGGCAAACGCAGAAGAGAACUUUCACCAGAACAGCAAAAGGAAAAGAGCGAUAACAUAGCAAGACUCAGGGAGAAACUGGUUCAAAAAAUCAGCGCAAUGAAAGAGAAACGGAAGGCCCCUGGCUCCGGUGCCAGUGGAGCUGCCACGUCCAGAGAACAGAUCCUGGAGGAGAGGAGGAGAAAAGAAGAAAUCAGAAAGAGUCUUAAGAGGAAGAAGGGCGAAGACGAACAGAACGAUGAUGAAGACAGUUCCGACUCCGAAAAGGAGGGGGAGGAGGCCACGAAUGGAGUGAUCUUUGGAAAUAUCGAGUUCAAAGAUGGUGGAAGAGUGACAUCGGACCUCGCGAACGUGAGAACACUCAAGAAGACCGGACCUGCGAACAAGGAUAUUAAGGCGCACUUAAAGCUGGUACAAGCCAAGAAGGCCAAGCUUUCGUCGCUUGAAAAGGACGAGCAGGACAAGCUGACGGAGAAGUCGAGCUGGCAGAAGGCUCUGGCCAAUGUGCAAGGUGUAAAGGUGAAAGAUGACGAGAGACUGCUGAAGAAGGCACUGAAGAGACAAGAAGCCAAAAAACGGAAGAGUGAACGUGAAUGGAGAGAAAGAAAGGAGACCGUGGAGAACACCAUCAAAGCCAAGCAGGACCGCCGUGAGGAGAACCUGCGGCUGAGAAGAGAAAAUAAAGGAAAGCCCCGGAAGAAGCAGCAGAAGAUGAAGAAGACAUUUAAAGGUGUUAUCAAGCCAAAGAGGGCAGGGUUUGAGGGAAAAAUUAAGAGGAAGUAG